UUUUACGACCAAAGUUUAAAGAUUAAAAACAAGCUUUUUAACGUUCACGUCUCGUGGUACCCGGCAAGAAAAAAAGGAUUUCCGAGAAGGGUCAUUACGUCAUUACCAAGUUAACAAGAUGGCGACAAAUGAUCAAGCUCAAGAUUACAAAGAGUCUUUUCUGAAAAUGGCAAGUUCUGCCAUUAGCGCCAGUAAAACUGGUUGGACAAGGGCAAGACAGUUUACUGAAGAACGCAUCGGAAGUGCUGAAAAAACAGAAUAUGAUGCGCAGUUUGAAAACCUGUGUGCUCGAGCAGAGAGAACAAAACAGUUGACAGAAAAAGUUCUUCGACAAGCAGAAGCAAUGUUGCAGCCAAAUCCAGGUUUACGAAUUGAGGAGUUUAUGUAUGAAAAACUUGAUAAAAAGAAUCCACCUCGACCUACAAAUUCUUUUGUUUUGGGACAAACUAUGCAAGAUGCAGGGCGUGAAGUUGGACCAGGGACUGCAUAUGGUUCCUCACUGGUGAAAGUUGGAUCCACAUUAAAAAAGAUGGGAAAUUCGGAGAAAGAUUAUAUGCAAAAGUCCAUGUCGCAUUACCUUCACCCGUUACGAAGUUUCUUAGAGAAUGAAAUGAAAACAAUAACAAAAGAGAAAAGAACCUUAGAUGUUAAAAGAUUAGAUUUGGAUGCUUGUAAAUCAAAAGUUAAGAAGGCUCCUACAGCUGAAAGAAUGAGACAAGCAGAAACUGAUCUUCGUCAAGCACAAUCCGAUUUUGACAGACAGCAAGAAAUCACAAAAUUGUUACUCGAAGGAAUAGCUACAGCUCAUGCGAAUCAUUUAUCAGCGUUACAAAGUCUUGUUGAAGCUAUGGGUAUGUACCAUGCACAAUGUCAACAAUAUAUUGCGGACUUGCAAAAAGAACUGCAACAGCCGACUCAUCCUCCUACACGCCCUAAACCGCCCACUGCACCGCAUAUUACAGCGCCCUCUGCACCACCCUCACAUUUGGCAAGCGACGUGAACCCUGAAAAGCCAGCUGUGACAAGGAAAGCUGUAGUAUUGUAUGACUAUGAUGCAGUUGACCAGUCUGAAUUGUCUCUGCUAGCAGACGAGGUAGUGACAGUUUAUAGUGUGGAGGGAUUAGAUGGUGACUGGAUGAUGGCGGAGCGUGGUUUACAGCGUGGGAAAGUGCCUUUAACCUAUCUGGAACUAGUUUAAUUUUUUAUAUAAUAUUAUAUACUAUGAUAUUGUAAUUUAUCUCUUUGACAAAUUGUUUAUAUUUUCACGAUUUAUAGUUAAAAACUGACAAGUACAAAAAAUAUCUUAUCUCCAAAACGUGUAGGUGUUAUAGCACAGAAGUAGAAUUGAGUUGACACAGCUCUUGCUAUCAAGGUACUGCCGUAAACCUCAAGAAUAUUUGUCCAUCCUGGUCUCCCCCCGUUAAAGCCUAGUAUUUACUUCUUUAUGUGUGAGCUCUCCCAUGUUUAGGUCCAUUGUAUCAAAAAAACAAUAAAUGGAAGCUCUGUCUCUGCAUUUAAAAGUGUUUUGUGGUCAACAACGUUUCCUGAUGGUGCAAAUUUAGUCAUUGUUACAACUUGAUGUUCAUACUUAGACCGAUAAAUAAAGAUGUUUGUGUUAUAAAAUAUUUUACUUCCGGAA